GAGAGAGAGAGAGAGAGAGAGGUUAGGUGGGGGGAGCUUCACCUUGUCGUCGCAUCCUGCUCAGGAGGGUGAGAUGGCGCUGAGGGUUGAAGAUCAUCGGCCGGAGAUGGCGGAGGAGAAGGAAACCUCUGUUGUGGAAGGGAAUGGUCCUGUCACUGGACAUAUCAUCUCAACCACCAUUGGAGGAAAGAAUGGAGAAGCUAAACAGACCGUAAGCUACAUGGCCGAACGUGUUGUCGGAACCGGAUCUUUCGGGAUUGUCUUCCAGGCGAAAUGUUUGGAGACAGGGGAGACUGUAGCCAUAAAGAAGGUCUUGCAGGAUAGAAGAUACAAAAAUCGCGAGCUUCAGUUGAUGCGAUCGAUGGACCACCCAAAUGUGAUAUCCCUGAAGCACUGCUUCUUCUCCACUACCAAUAAAGACGAACUUUUUCUCAAUCUGGUAAUGGAAUACGUCCCUGAAUCCCUUUACCGUGUUCUGAAACACUACAGCAGCGCGAAUCAACGAAUGCCUCUUAUCUAUGUGAAGCUUUAUAUGUAUCAGAUUUUUAGGGGGUUAGCAUACAUUCAUACUGUUCCAGGAGUUUGCCAUAGGGAUGUGAAGCCCCAAAACCUUUUGGUUGAUCCUCUUACUCACCAAGUUAAGCUCUGUGAUUUUGGGAGCGCAAAGGUGUUGGUAAAAGGAGAGGCUAACAUAUCUUACAUCUGCUCUCGAUAUUACCGAGCUCCUGAGCUCAUAUUUGGUGCAGUGGAAUAUACCUCAUCAAUCGAUAUAUGGUCUGCAGGAUGUGUUCUUGCUGAGUUGUUACUCGGUCAGCCGCUCUUUCCGGGUGAAAGUGCUGUUGAUCAACUGGUUGAGAUAAUUAAGGUUCUUGGCACUCCAACUCGAGAAGAAAUUCGAUGCAUGAAUCCAAACUACACUGAAUUUCGGUUUCCUCAGAUAAAAGCUCAUCCUUGGCAUAAGGUUUUUCAUAAACGAAUGCCUCCAGAAGCUAUAGAUCUUGCAUCAAGGCUUCUUCAAUAUUCUCCAAGUCUUCGUUGCACUGCUCUUGAAGCAUGCGCCCACCCUUUCUUUGAUGAGCUACGAGAGCCCAACGCUCGAUUACCAAAUGGCAGGCCAUUCCCCCCGCUUUUUAACUUUAAACAAGAAUUAGCAGGCGCAUCACUAGAGCUUGUCAGCAAGCUGAUACCUGAACAUGUGAGAAGGCAGGCUGGUCUCACUAUUCUUCACCCUUCAGGUACCUGAAAUUCAAUUUUUUUUUGUCUUUUUGAUGUGGGAUUAUGUUAAGAUCCAAAGGGCAAUUAUAUAACCCUUUGAUUUUUUCAUAAACCUUAGUUGUAUAGCAGAUGAAUUCCUGCCCAAGUUUUUGUGCCUCAUUCUUCCCCACCCUCUUGUAUAUUUGCCCAGUAAAAAUAGGAUGCAUUUUAUUUUUUAAAAAAAUUAUUUUAGAUGAUUUGGGGAGUGGACUAUGGUGGUGGAACCUGUAAUGUUGUAUUAUUAUUUAAGACAACAAAUUGUAUUUGCAUUUUUUCCCCUUUUUGGGGUGCUAUUGUUGUUUUUAGUUGCA